UGCUUCGAGUGCCAUUGUCUGAAAAGUAAACCUAGAUGGCGACAGAGCCACAUGCGUUUGAGCAGAUAUCAUACUCUCCUGGGUAAAUAUUACAGUAUCUAACAGAAGUGUUUGCAGAGAUGUUUGAAACCUCUGUUCAGUCUCUUUGGUGUUUGUUGAUAAUAAUGGAAAUCAUAUGCAGUAUUUUGUUUUGAGGCAACAAAAAGGUAAUUUACUGUGUUGCUUUUAAUUUUCGAACAAGAAUGAAGAAAGUAAAAUCAGAGAUUUUAGAAUAAAAUGCCAUUGGUAAAAAAAAUAUUAAACCCAGGAAGUUGUUUUGUAAUGAUGAUAAUCUGUGAUCAGCUUUAACAUUACCAAUCAGCAAUUUACGUCAAAAGUGCUUGUAGGAAAGACAACAGCGCCCAGUGGGGGGCACUGAGCCGCCGCAACCAAACCACAUCAUCUGCGUCACUCCCCGCCACCCAGUCCACCCUUGAUGUCAGCCAUUUUACAUAGCAAUCGCGACUGAAUUCGUCCCAAAAAGUAUUUAGCAAUCAGGCCUAACAUUAAAUACACAUUUCUAUUUAACAACCGGGUAACAUUCGAAAAUGGAGACCGAAGGCCAGGUUGACUUCAGUACAGACGAGUUUCCAGAGGGCUCCAAGAUAAAUGCAAGCAAAAACCUGCAGGAUGACGGCAAGAUGUUCAUUGGAGGGCUCAGUUGGGACACCAGCAAAACAGACCUCACGGAUUACCUGUCGAAGUUUGGAGAGGUUCUGGACUGCACCAUCAAAACAGACCUGAUGACUGGCCGGUCCCGAGGCUUCGGCUUUGUUCUCUUCAGAGACUCAGAGAGUGUAGACCGGGUGUUGGAGCUGAAGGAGCACAAGCUGGACGGGAAGCUAAUCGAUCCAAAGAGGGCCAAAGCCAUGAAGGGGAAGGAACCGCCCAAGAAGGUGUUUGUCGGAGGCCUCAGCCCAGACACCCCAGAAGAGGAAAUCAGGGAUUACUUUGGCGCUUUUGGAGAUAUUGACAGCAUCGAGCUUCCCAUGGACACCAAAACCAACGAGCGACGUGGGUUUUGCUUCGUGACCUACUGUGAGGAGACUCCUGUUCAAAAGCUGUUGGAGUGCAGAUACCACCAAGUUGGGAGUGGAAAGUGUGAAAUCAAAGUGGCCCAGCCCAAAGAAGUGUAUAGACAGCAGCAACAACACAGAGGAGAGAGGGGAGGCUACGAAGGAGGGAGAGGAGGUGGAGGAUACAGGGGCCGGGGACGAGGAGGUCAGAGUAACUACAACCAAGGUUACAACGGCUACUACAGCCAGAACUAUGGUAGCUACGGCAAUGGAUACAACCAGGGCUACAAUGGCUACGCAGGCUAUGACUACUCUGGCUACAACUAUAAUAGUUAUGGUUAUGGACAGGGAUACGACGACUACAAUGGCCAGCAGAGCAGCUAUGGGAAGGUCUCUCGAGAGGUCACAACCCACCAGAACAACUACCAGCCUUACUGAGCUGAUCUGAUCCAACAGGACCUGCUUAGAAUUCUGGUAAGACCACACUCCCACCUAAGGCUUGACAUUUAAACUUCAAAAUUUAAAGAUCAAUAGACACUAAAUAAUUACUCUAAAACCUAUCAUGAGAGAAAGCAAGUGGUUACUAUUACGAUGCACACCCCCAUUUUGACAAAACUAAAAAGUAAUGUCUAUAGAUCUUUAAUUGCAAAAAUGCUUGUGCAGCGUUUUAUUUUUAUUAAGCUCUCCAGAAAAAAACGUAAGCUUUUUUUCUGUAGAUUCUCCUUUUUUUCCCUUGCUUUUUAACAGGUGUUCAUAAGGAAAUAACAUAAAGAGACUUGAUAGCAUUGUUAACAGGUAAAGUACUGCUAAGGGUACAGAGUAAGGACCUAUCCUUAGUUUUCCUUUUCCUAACUCUGAUGUUGUACCUUGUUUGUACCUGCCAGCGGGGACUUCAUUGCAGGCCGUGUGUCGCCUGAUCACGACAAUCUCUGGGCGACGCACAUAGCGGGCAGAGAGCACGGCAUGCACAAGAAAACGCUGUCCUGUGGUAUGGUCUCUUCACACUUCCUGUAACCAGCGAUAAACAAAAAGAAACAUAAGAGAAAGGAAAUUAAUCUCUUUUCAGUUUUUAAAGUGUUUGCUAUAACGAUUUGUCUGAAAUUGAUUUUUUACAGGAUAUUAAUAUGAAAGUGUAAAAAUGUACUUUGACUUGUAUUUGUGUAUUCUCUUAAUUUUAGUGGUCUUUUCAGUUCUGGACCUUCAGUGUUUUUUCUAUAAUUAACCCCUUUCUUAAAUUGCUAAAACUCAUAAUGAUUUCUUUUUCUUUAUAGCCCUUAGAGAACUUCACUUGAUAAACACUCAAACUUUUUUUUUUUUUUUUUAACUUAGGUGUUAAAGAUCAUAUGUAAACCAGCUUUAUGAUGCCAUAAAAAGCUGCCAACUCAAAAUAUAUUAUGAGCUAUUUGUGUAUCUGGCUUUAAAUGUCCAUCAAAUUUGUUAUCUUUUAGUUAGGGUCACAUUUGGGCUGGCUCCUUAAUGGUGAAAUUUACCCACCAAUUCAUUGGAGCUGAAGCUUUUGCUGGCCGGUGAGCUGUUACAGGACUGGUUACAGAACCUUGGUGAAGCUGAGUUCUACACGUGAUCUUUAAAACGGAAUGGAGAAAAAUAAACUAAUAGUUUAAGUUGACGACACAAGCAGAAGUUAAACUGUGAAAAGUGCAAGGUUCACUGUGCCCUGCAGAGCUCCAAAGUUGGUAACAUCUGUGUUGUGUUGUGUCCUUGUUUGCAGACGGGCUGGCUGGAGAAUGACCCUGUACCCAGAUGGAAGCGUUGGGGGCUGAAUCCUGUCCUGUCCUCAGAUCAGCUCAUGUUUUAAACACCAGGCCCUUAUUCCGUUGUCCUCUCCCUGAGUUGAAGCUGGCAUGCAGCGUGUCUGACUUUGUAAAUAGCGAGAUUGCUGCUUUUUGGUUCCAGUCCCCCCCUUCCCUUUAUCUUGUAGGUCUAGGGUUCAUUUCAUCGUGAUUUAAUGUGUUCUUAUUACCUUGAUUUUCAAUUUGUCCUGCCUUUCUUUUAAACUUGGAUUUUCUGCCGUUUUGUUUGAUAAAGGGAUUAUUAAAGAGGGUACAAAACUCAA